AUCUUUAGCACAACAAUUAAAACAUGCACGUGAACAUGAACAGCGUAAAAAUGAACCUAGCAGAAGAGCAAUUGCUCAACAAGAAAGCAGAAAUUAUAAGCUAGAAAUACAAGUGCAAGAAAAUGAAUUUGAUAAAAGAGCUAACAUAUAUCAACAAAGUAGUACUAAUGAGUUAGAAAUGCAAAUACUUCAAAAUAAGCCAAAUAAAAGAUCUAUUGCAUAA